CUCGAUAUAGUCCUCUGUGCUCCUUCGUGUCCAUCCUCCCAAGCCCCAAUGGGUCUUUACCUCCUUGAUUACGGCGCGGGGAACGUGCAAAGCCUCGCGAACACCCUCAAAAAGCUCGGCUACGAAUUUCAGUGGAUUUUGUCACCCUCGGACUUCCAUAAGGCGACCAGCCUCAUCUUUCCGGGAGUGGGCGCAUUCGGUAGUGCAAUUGAUGGUCUCGUUUCGAGAGGUCUCCUCGAGCCCCUCCGCGAAUACGUCGCGGCUGGAAAGCCGUACUUUGGGAUAUGCAUAGGCAUGCAAGUGCUGUUUCAGUCAUCAACGGAGUCGCCCUCUUCGCCUGGAUUGGGCGUUAUCCCAUCCGUCAUCGAAGAGUUCGACAGCGCGAGCAAGUCGGUGCCUCAUAUGGGCUGGAAUUCAAUCGAGCUGCUCGACCCACAAGGCAAGGCUCAUGAAGGGCUGGAGGAACUGUCCCAUUAUUACUUCGUGCACUCAUACCGAGCCAAGUACGACUGGAACCACCCAGAGGUUGCGCAAUGGGUUCAUAGCACCACGCAGUAUGGAGAAGAAAUUUUCGUCGCUUCUGUCCGCAAAGACAACGUAUUUGGAACGCAGUUCCAUCCGGAGAAGUCGGGCGAGGCAGGUCUGAAGAUCCUUGCUACCUGGUUGAGCGAACCUGAAGCCUCGCGCCGAGUGACACGUCCAAGCCCUCCAUCCCCUCGCUUUCCGAGGCCCAGGGACGGUCUAACUAAACGUAUCGUGGCAUGCAUGGACGUGCGGUCCAAUGAUGACGGCGACCUUGUUGUAACCAAGGGUGAUCAAUAUGACGUACGAGAGAAGGCACCCUCUGCGCCUAAGGAGCCCGCACUCAGCCCGCUUCAAACACGAACUGCAGGCGCUGUGCGUAAUCUCGGCAAGCCAGUCGCUCUUGCUGCCACGUAUUAUGCCGCGGGCGCCGAUGAGCUAUGCCUCAUGAACAUCACAUCCUUCCGUCACUCGCCACUGCAAGAUCAGCCCAUGCUUGCUGUCGUGCGUGCCGCGGCAGAAGAAGUCUUCGUCCCGCUCACGAUCGGAGGAGGAAUCAAAGACACCGUGGAUCCAGACGGGACUCUGCGUUCUGCGCUAGAGGUUGCUGGCGCGUACUUCCGCGCGGGCGCAGACAAGGUGAGCAUUGCGACUGAGGCCGUAUACGCGGUGGAACGGAUGCGAGCACGCGCCGCGGACGGAGGCUUGGGGGAGGGCGAUGGGACAAGCGCAAUGGAGACGAUCGCGCAUGCAUACGGGCGACAGGCCGUCGUCGUCUCGAUCGACCCGCGUAGGGUGUACGUUGAGCCCACCUACGAUGGCCUGUACAAGGAUGAGCUGGUCUACGGAAAGCCUGAUGGGCCUGAGAAAGAUCGGGGGAAAGCGUGGUGGUAUCAGUGUACAGUGAAGGGUGGACGGGAAGAUAGACCACUUUCAGCAGUGCAACUUGCGAAGGGUGUGGAGAAGCUUGGCGCCGGAGAGAUUAUUCUCAACAGCAUCGACCGCGAUGGAACCGGCCUCGGCUUCGACAUUGACCUAGUGAAUCUCGUCAAGAAGAACGUACGGAUACCUGUUGUUGCAAGCAGCGGAGCGGGCAGCAAAGAACAUUUCGUUGAAGUGUUUCAGAAGACGGGCGUUGAAGCCGCACUGGCUGCGGGUAUCUUCCACCGGAAGGAAGUUGGAAUUUUGGAGAUCAAAGAUGCUCUUGCUGCAGCUAACAUCAAUGUCAGGAGGUGAGAUUUUGUUACGUAUAUGGCUCUCGAUUAUAGUUUUACAGUAGUAGGACCGAAGAUGCGCAGACUACUUCACGCGUUCUAUAACCUUUGUCCUCGUAUACCUAUCCACUGAUCGAGUUCUCGUGCGGGUUGCUGUAAAAAGUAUUUGUCACAUGUUGGCAGGCAAUGUAUACGAGCAUGACCACGUCAGUCGUAAAUGAAAAUAAAUUCAUGC